AUUGAUGAUAUGUCAUUUCUUCCUGUUUGUAGUGCAGCAUGAAACCGACCACAUUAUUCUCCUGCAGUUUAACAACAGUGUUCCUUUCUUCUAUUAAAGCAGAUCAUUGCAAUUUAUACAAUCUGAGCAGCAAGUUACAGCAUUUAGUACUUGAAGGCCAGCCUUUGGCUAUCAACUGCUUGUCAGGUAAAAUGCCAAAUCCAGAGCUCAAAGAGCACAACUUGACGUGGUUCCAAGCUGGUGAUCACACACCUGUGCUGAAAGACCCACAUUCCCGAAUUCAGCAGCGGGCAAGCUCCAUUUGGUUCCUUCCUGCUGUUUUAGAAGAUUCAGGGUCUUAUGGAUGUGCUAUCAGGAAUACAACACAUUGCAGCCAUGUGUAUUUUAAAUUAACCGUCUUUCAAAACACUAAUGGUUCAUGUUUCAAUGCCAACUUUGCCAUUCUUCAGAGUGUAUACACAGCCUCAAAUGCAAAGAUUGUGUGUCCUAAUCUGAAAUAUUUCAAAGACGAAAACCCCAUUUUAACUGUUCUCUGGUACAAGGAUUGCAAAUUAAUUAAGGACAGAAGGUUUCAGUCUUUAGAUAACUCCCUUAUGAUUGCCAAUACAACUGUGGAAGAUCAAGGAAGGUAUACAUGCCAAAUGCCAUACUAUUACAUGGGAAAGCAAUAUAAUGUUUCAAGAGACAUCAGUUUGAAAGUUAAAGAAAGCCCACCAAGGAACCCUCCGGAAAUUUUUUUCCCAAGAAACCACUCAAUUGAAGCAGAACUUGGUUCUAAUGUCAUAAUUGACUGCAAUACAUCAGGUGCUGAAGUAGAUCAUGUGUUCUGGACAGUGAAUAAUUCCUAUAUUGAUCACUAUUACAAGCACAGCAAAAAUGUUUUUGAAAUAUAUGAGAAAGAGAUUUUCCUUGAAGGAAAGCCAUUUUUAAGAGUGAGACUGAACAUUUCAAAAGUCAGUGACGAGGAAUAUCAAAAUGUGUUUGUGUGCCAUGCUUUGAAUUCUUUUGGUCAAGUUGCAGCCUAUGUUACACUGAGUUGCAAAGUUCCAGAUUUCCGGGGACCACUGAUUGGAAUGUUUCUAGUGGGCUUUCUGCUAGCGAUAGGUGCUAUAUUAUUCUACAGUUUCUUCAAGAUUGAUAUUAUUCUCUGGUAUCGGAAUUCCCACUGUCCUUUGAGCAGUAAAGAAGUUUCAGAUGGGAAGAUCUAUGAUGCCUUUGUCUUGCACCCAACAGCCGUUACAGGGGCUCGCAGAUACAAUCUAGAUAACUUUGUUCUAAAGCUAUUACCUGAGGUUUUGGAGCAACAGUGUGGAUAUAAGCUGUUUAUAGUAGGAAGGGAUGACCUACCAGGGCAAGCUGUGGUCAGCAUAACUGAAGAUACUAUUAAACAAAGCAGAAGGCUGAUGAUCAUUUUGGAACCAGAACUAUCAAGCUGCAGCAGGUUAGAAGAAACAUCAGAGCAGCAAAUAGCUGUGUACAAUGCACUUGUUCAGUGUGGUAUUAAAGUGAUACUAAUUGAAAUGGAAAAGAUAAAGAAUUACACAAACAUGCCAGAGUCGAUUCAAUACAUUAAGCAGAAGCAUGGGGUGAUCCGGUGGAAAAAAGACUUUGCGGAAGAAUCUCAGCCGGCCAAUACACGGUUCUGGAAAAAUGUGAGAUAUCAGAUGCCACCCAGAAGAACCGUGUCUCUUUCAGAAAUCCACUUAUUGCCACAGUUUCAUAGCAGUCCUGUAAUGACUAUCACAAGGUGAUCACAACAAUUAAGUCAACUGGAAAAAAAGUCCUCAUCAGCUUUAGUACAUCCAAAGUAAAGCAUCUACUUAAAAAUAUAUUGGAACACUGAAAUUCUGCAAGGAAUUGUCUUGAGCAUAGUCCUAUUUGACACAGUUAGUGUGUACAGUAGGUUUCCUGAGACAGGAUUUAGACUGAGAAGCAUCUGUCAUGCUCCAGGAUUGUUGCACUGUAUAUUGGUACACAUGCUCCAUUCUCACACGUACAAAGCAUAGGUGUUGUUGAAGUGUUAAGCCAGGAGGAGAGGGUUGUUAAGCCAGGAGGAGAGUACUUGACAACCAGAUGUCCAUGUCUUUCUGCUUCCCAGCAGCUAGCUUUACUGUUCCUGUUGAAAGAAGAGCAGUGGCACAGAGCUGAAUUAUGAUCGACUAAGCAGUCAUCUUAUUUUUGAGUUCAAAGAAUUGUGUAUACCAGAUAAGCUGAUAUGAAAAACCUGUUAAGAAUGCAAGCGAUGAUAUCUAAAAAAAUUGUUACCUAAUAUAUAGGAUAUGUUUUUAUACUUCAUAUAAUUCAUAAAAUAAUUGGAUGAUAAA